AUGGGUAAAAGGAAGGUGGCAGCUCUCGAGAAGAUUGAUGCAGACUUCGCGAGUUUGCAGUACAAGAUCCGCCGGGAUCCAAAGUCUUACGAGGAUGAGUUUCAAAAGCAGUACGAGCAAUAUGUCUCGCAGCGAGAGAUUUUCUUGCUGUCGCCCGCCACGGCAUCGCCCGAGCAGAGCCAGUCCUUCCGCGACCUAAUCGAUCUUCUUGCACACAUUGCCGACUGCUACCCCGAUGCCAUGCACGAUUUUCCGGGAGAUCUGAAGGCAAUAAUAACGGAACACCAUGCUCUAAUCGAUCCGGAGCUGCGAGACAAGCUUGUGGGGAGCUUGGUCCUGUUGCGCCGCAAAGAGGUUAUCGACUCGACUAUGCUCCUCACUACCCUCUUCCCUAUCCUCGUCUCUACACCGAGCAAGUCUCUACGUGCACUUCUUUUCUCCAAGAUCCUGAGCGACAUGCGGAAUUCCAACAGCAAGUCCACCAAUCACCGCCUCAAUCGCACGAUUCAGACCGUCUUAUACAACCUUGUUACCUCUGACCGGACGUCGCCCAAGGCUAUCUGGGCUGUGAAAUUGACGCGCGAACUUUGGAAGCGGCAAAUCUGGACCGAUGCAAGACCCGUGGAUAUCAUGAAGGAGGCUUGUCUUGCAGAUAAUGAGAAGGUGGUCGUGGGCGGAGUCCGCUUCUUUCUUGGAGGCGACAAGGAGCGAGAAGAGCAGCAAGAUGAUAGCAGUGACGAAGAGGCAGUCGACCUGAAAAAGGUUCAACAUCAACAAAUCAUCAACAAGAAGACCAAGAAGAAAGCAAAGGCUUACGAUCGAGCCUUGGACAAGGUGAAGAGAGCGGAAAGGAAGAAGAAUCAGCCGCAUCCUCUCAACUUCUCAGCGUUGCACCUCCUGCAUGACCCGCAGGGCUUCGCCGAAACACUCUUCUCAAAGCAUCUCCAGAACUCCAAGUCCAAGAUGGCUCUUGAGAAUAAGCUUCUGGUGCUGCAGCUGGUCACACGACUCGUUGGAUUGCACAAACUUACAGUCAUCUCGCUAUACUCGUGGUUCACCAAGCACUUGACCCCUCGCCAACAGUCGGUCACUUCAUUCUUGGCAUCUCUUGCGCAGGGAACGCAUAACAUGGUACCUCCGGAUGCCAUCGAACCCCUUGUUCUCAAGAUUGCGAACGAGUUCGUCUCAGAAGCAUCGGCGUCCGAAGUGGCUUCCGCCGGCCUCAAUGCGAUCCGCGAGAUAUGUGUUCGUCAACCGCUGGCGAUGAACGAGACGCUGCUGCAAGAUCUGGUUCAAUACCGGAAGAGUAAAGAUAAGGGCGUCAUGAUGGCAGCAAAAGGUCUUCUCUCACUCUACCGGGAGGUCGGUGCAGAGCUCCUGAGGAGAAAGGACAGAGGAAGAGACGCAACCAUGGGGUUGAAGAGCGGCGAUAUGAAGCAGCGAAAGUUUGGCGAGGAAGAUGAAGGCGGCAUCGAAGGCAUCGAACUCUUGGCCAAAUGGAAGGAGGAGGAAAAGAAGCGGAAGCGGGUCGAGCAAGGUUUGGAGGGACCUGCUGAGAAAGACGAAGAGGACGAGGAUGGCUACAACUCUGAGGAUUGGGAAGUCGAGUCUAUCGACAGUAGCGAUUCGGGCGGCUGGAUCAACGUCAGUGACUCCGAGGACGAUGAACCCAUCGCCAAGCGCCAGAAGAAGGACGAGGAUGAUGAAGUACCGGAGUUGGUGGAAGGGGAUAAGGAGAACGAUGAGCUGGAGGCGUUGAGACUUGCCAAAUUGGCACAAACUUCCAUCUUGACACCUGCGGAUUUGGCUAAACUCCAAGAGCUACGGAUGCAGGCCAACAUCGACAAGGCUCUCGGUAACAAGAGCAAGCGGGCCAAGGAGCUCCAGGCUCGUCAUGCUGACGACGCUCUCACUGCGGAGCAGAUCGAGCUUCCGGCCAAACUGCGCAAGACGACCAAGGAGGAGCGUAUCGCGCUGGCGAAGGAGGGCAAGCCGGAUCGUGAGGAGCACAAGUCGACGCAAGCUAUCAAGCGGUCGAAGAAGGAGGCGGAGGGCAAGUCGACGACUAACAAGGAGAAAGCACGCAAGAAGAACAUGCUUAUGACGAUGAGCAAGGCGAAGCACAAGCAGAAGCGGAGUUUGGUACAGACAAAGAAGGUCCUGCAGGGUCACAUCGAAAGAAGCAAACGUGGCGGCAGAAGGCGUAACGGUGGUUGA